UAGCCGGAACUGCUGAGCGCGGCUGGCUGGGUCUCCGGGAGGCUGAGGGGUGGCUGCACUGGCUCCCGCAGCCCAGUCAGCCGUACCCCGGCUGCGGAGGGGACGUGCUGGGGCGAGCGUCACCCAGUGACUGUUUCCGAAGUGGGAGCACCACACCAGCGUCGCAGACUCAGUGCAGCCGGCGCUCCGGGCCCGGGGCUGCCCCGCCCGGCCAGAUCUGAGGGCGCCGGGUAGGCCCCCGGGGGCCGGGGAAGCCAGGGUGCUGCGAGACAUUGAUGAAAAAGGAUGACAGUGAAGUUGGGAGACGGCGGCGGCGGGGAGGAAGGGCUCAAGAGGCUGGGCAAGAGGGCAGCCGAUGAAGACGCACUGGAGGGAGAGGGGGCCGGCGGUGGGGACGCGGCCGAAGACAGCGGUGGCACAAAGAGGGACAGCAAGACCCCCCGAAGCGGCGGCCCCCCAGCCCCUGAGGGCGGCCCACAGGCCCCGUCCCCACCGCCCUCCUGUCCCCAGGACCAGCACCACUUCCUACGGUCCAGCGUGAGGCCACAGAGCAAAAGGCUCAGGAAGGACUCGUCAGGCGCCACGGGGAGCAGCAACGCAAGCAGCUCUGGGCCUCGCGGAAAAGGAGCUGAUGGUGGUGGAUCAUCAUCCGGAAAUGGGUCUGGGGUUGCCCCUGCUGCUCCUGCAGGGGCCUCUCGCUCCUCCUCCCGGAACCUAGGAUCUUCUGGCGGUGAAAAGGAAGAAGGCAAAAAGGUCCGUCGGCAGUGGGAGUCGUGGAGCACCGAAGACAAGAACACUUUUUUUGAGGGACUGUAUGAGCAUGGGAAAGACUUUGAAGCGAUCCAGAACAACAUAGCCCUCAAGUAUAAGAAGAAGGGCAAGCCCGCCAGCAUGGUGAAGAACAAGGAGCAGGUGCGGCAUUUCUACUACCGCACGUGGCACAAGAUCACCAAGUACAUCGACUUUGACAAUGUGUUCUCUCGAGGGCUGAAGAAGUCGUCCCAGGAGCUGUAUGGUCUGAUCUGCUACGGGGAGCUACGCAAGAAGAUUGGGGGCUGUAUGGAUGACAAGAAUGCCACAAAGUUGAAUGAGCUCAUUCAGGUUGGGGCCACCACAGUACGUUAUAAAGGGAGAAACCUACGGAUAAAAGCGCCCAUGUGCCGAGCCCUGAAGAAACUCUGUGACCCAGACGGCUUGAGUGAUGAAGAGGACCAGAAGCCAGUGCGUCUACCCCUGAGAGUCCCCGUAGAGCUGCAGCCGAGGAACAACCAUGCCUGGGCCCGCGUGCAGAGCCUGGCCCAAAACCCCAGGCUCAGGAUGAUUGUGGAACUCCAUCGGAAGGUCUCCAGCCUCAUUGAAUUCUUAAAGCAGAAGUGGGAGCUCCAUGAAGUGCGAAUUCGAAAGACACUUGCGGAGCGGCAGCUGCAGGACUCAUUUGUGGAGUCGUCACAGGAGAAAGUGGUGCUGCACCUGUUCCCGGGAGAGAACUGUACACUGACCCCGCUUCCAGGAGUGGCUCGUGUGGUGCACUCCAAGGCCUUCUGCACAGUGCAUUGGCAGGAGGGUGGCCGGUGUAAGCAGAGUUCCAAGGAUGCCCACUCGCUGCCUCCAGCCCAGAUCCUGGGCAUCCAGAGUGGGCAGGGUACAGCCAGGGGCCAGGUGAAGUACCCAAGGGGUGGCACCGAAGGCAAGGGUGGGGGGCGGCCUCCUCCUGCCACGGAUGCUUCCCAGAGCUCCGGAGAGAGUUCCCCUGAAAGUGCCCCUGGGGAGGGGGCUGCCCUAAGCCUCAGCAGCCCGAAUGCUCCCGACAGGCUCCCCCCUGGGCUCCAAGACACUGGGGUACGGCUUGAGAAGACUCCUAUGGCAGCUCCUGUAGAGGGCGGAGACAGCCCAGUCCAAGAGCCCGGGGCUGUGAUAUGUGCCUGUGGCCAGCUCCCAGAGCUGGAGGAUGAGCUCUCUCUCCUGGACCCCUUCCCCCGCUACAUGAAGUCCUGCCAGGACCUCAUCAUCCCUGAGCCAUGCCACUGCGUAGACUCUCAGCCCUCAGCAUGUGUUUCCCCAGAGACUCACACUCCUAGCAGUGCAGAGGCGGCUGACCUUGCCCGGGCCAGAGCACCAUCCCCUGUCCGCAGCCUUCCUGGCCUGGAGCUUCAGCCCAGCCCAGGGCCCCAGCCAGAUGUUUGCACUAAAGACUCAGUAGAUGCUCCUUCAGAGGAACCCCAGGAGAAGGCAAGCUCCUUGGACCCCCCGCCACUUCAGGGACAGCCUUCUGUUAGGCCCCUGAAGGACAUCCCUCCCAGCCGCCUGGCCCAGCAGCUCCGUGAGGAGGGCUGGAACCUGCAGACGUCUGAGAGCCUGACACUGGCCGAAGUCUACCUCAUGAUGGGAAAGCCAAGCAAGCUGCAGCUGGAGUAUGACUGGCUGGCUGUGCUGGGUCCCGAGGGCCAGGCCCCUAGUGGCUCCCCACCUGCUGCCUUCCACAAGCAGCGCCUCCUCAGCUGCCUCCUGAAGCUCAUCUCCACUGAGGUCAACCCCAGGCUGGCUCCGGAAUCGAAUGCCGGCUCUAUGGCCUCAGUGAGGCCUGCCCAGGAGGAGCAGUUGACAACUGCCCCUGGGAAGGUGGUGAACAUCAGUUCCCGGAGCCCCCGCUGCCCUCGAAACCAGUCUGCCCUUCGCAACAGCAAGACCUUCUCUCCCAGCUCUGCGCCUUGCCCCUCCUCAGGUUUGAGAAACCCUCCAAGACCCCUCUUGGUGGCUGGUCCCUCCAGUACAGGAAGCAGUGAUUCAGAUGGUGGCCUUUUUGCUGUCCCAACAACUUUGCCACCCAACAGCCGACAUGGGAAGCUCUUUUCUCCCAAUAAAGAGACAGAAUUGACUUUCCUUCAGCAUCUGAACUCCAUCAGCAUGCAGUCGGAUUUCUUCUUGCCAAAGCCCCGGAAAUUGCAGAACCGGCACCUUCGGAAGCCACUGGUGGUCCAGAGAACCCUGCUUCCUAGACCAUCUGAAAACCAGUCCCACAAUGUCUGCUCCUUCUCUAUCAUGUCAAAUUCCUCCAUAACUGGGAGAGGAUCGUUCCGGCCCAUCCAGUCCUCCCUGACCAAAGCGGCUCUGUCUCGGCCAAUCAUGCCCAAGGUCCUUCCACCCCAGGCCACAGGCCACCUGGCCAGUGCUGUUGACUUAGCAGCUACAAGUGCUGGCAUUAUCCCCGGGAGCCCCCUCCCCGUCUUGGACGCCGAGGGCUUGUCUGGCAUCUCUCCACUGUCUUCGGAUGAGGCGACAGCUACCCUCUCGGGUCACAACUCUACUGGCACCCACCAAAAUAGAGACCCUAUUCCCACUGUGGGGAGUACAAGCGAUCCAUUUAUCAGCAUCCCCCCAAGGCCUGAGCAGGAGCCAAUGACAGACGACUUCCAGGGUUCGCCUGUUCUCUCCUUAUCAGAGCUGUCCAAGGCUCCUCCCCACAAUGGACUGUCCACCUCGCCCUUGGCAGAGGGCUCCAGCACGCGGCUCUCCCCACCUAAUGUUUCUGCUCUGCUGGAUAUCUCCCUGCCUGGCCCACCUGAGGACGUGCUCUCGCAGGGAGAGCCUGCUACUCAGAUCAGUGACUCCAUUAUCGAGAUUGCCAUCAGCUCUGGCCAGUAUGGUGAAGGAGUCCCUCUUUCUCCAGCAAAACUAAAUGGCAGUGACAGUUCCAAGAGUCUCCCCUCCCCAUCCGGCAGCCCCCAGCCAGACUGGAUUGCCUCACCCACCCACGACCCCCAGUGGUGCCCCAGUGACCCCACGGACUCAUCCCUCAGCAGCUUGUUUGCAAGCUUCAUCUCCUCGGAUAAGGGCCGGAAGAUGCUGCCGACUCCCGUGGGGACCCACAGUGGCACCUCCCUGCUGGGCCCCAGCCUGCUAGAUGGAAACUCGAGAGACUCGUUUGUGUCCAGAUCCUUGGCCGAUGUGGCAGAGGUUGUGGAUUCCCAGCUGGUGUGCAUGAUGAACGAAAACAGCGUCGACUACAUAUCUCGGUUCAACGACUUGGCCCAGGAGCUGUCCAUUGCUGAGCCCAGCCGCCGAGAAGUUCUGUUCGAUGGCAGUGGAGGUGCACCCCCUGUCAGCGACCUGUCCCAGUGAACGUACCUCAUCAUGGGGGCAUCCUAGAGGCAUCAUAGGAGGGCUUACGGGGCUAGUGGUCCUCAACUGUGGUGGGUAUAGCCCUCUUCAGACUAGAAAAACACAAAUCAAGCCCAGGACCCCCAGAAGACGGUCAGAAUGGAGACACCUCUGCACUCCAGAACAUGCAAAGUGCUGGAAGUCGUGUCCCAACAGGCAUAGGGCAGCAGUGGCCUGGGAGAUGAGGCCGAGUUCUGGAAGGGUCAGUGUCAGACAUCACUGUGGCCUUGGAGCGGUUCUUCGUUCUUCACCAGUUGUGGGAUCUCAUAUUGGGGUCUGCGUAACGACUGUGUAUCUCCACCCAGGCUUCUGCCUUGUUUGUUGUCUUGGACAGUCCACUGGGUUUUAACUUUCUGAAAGAAAGGGGUGCGUCCUGGGUAUGUCCCGGUGUAGUUGUUGUGUCGGGGAAGUUGUAAUCUCCCUGCUCUCUGCAGGGAGCCUCCAGACCAUGGCCACAUUCUUUCUGCCAAACCUGUGCCACACUUUGGUUGCUUCUCUGCAGAGUGAUGAUGGAGGGAGGCAGGGUGGGGGGAACUGCUAGGCCUGGCCUGGGCUUUGCCUGGUGAUAUCUGCACCCAUAGACAGCAGACACUUCAGGGGACACUGAUCACAGGGCAGCAGGAGGGUCCCAAGUCAGUGUAACUGGUGCCAUCACCCCAGGAAUACUGAUCCUGCCUGGUGCUUCCCCAUCUGGAUGUUUUUUUCCAAACAGGGAAGGGAAGAAUCAUGUCUUCUGCAUGAUUGUGUGGACUUUUAGAAAAAAUCCUGGUAAUCUGGUGGGAGAAUGUUUCUCUUAUUUGAAGAAUUAGACAAUGAAGAGGUAAAACAAUUUAGUUGGUUUCCUUCCUGCAUCCAUCUCCAGGUUUCCUCUAGGUGAGGAUCUACAAUGUUACUUCUCUCUAUUGGGAUGAUGCCUGAGCUCUUGUUUGACUACAGUUAAGACUUUCCUGAUGCGUUCUUGAACUUCUGGUGUGUUACUGUUUGGCAUCUGUGACCAUUCGACUGUGCAGGGAUGGUUUUCUCCUUCAGUCCCUUUUGCCUUUUGUUAGCCUAAGAGCAUAAAACACUAUGAUGCAUAGGUUUAAUCCCUUGUGUCUGCUUUUGUCCUGUGGUCUCCUAUUUCACUGCGUCCUGGUGCAGUUAGAGCGCUAACCACAUCCCUGUGUUGUGCUCUGUGAACUUCCCUGGGUGAUCAGUUGUCACCCCUGCAGGGGGUCCAGCAUCUAGUUCUUCCACAGAACGGAGCUAUAACAAGGCUCCCACUAGCCUUUCCAGGAGUUUUUCCUCUAACGUGGCUUCCUUCUUUCAGACCUGGUUCUAGGCACAAGCAUCACUCACAGGAAAAGUUCCAAAGCUCUGGAGAUAUGAAAGAAAGGGACCCGGCGCUGCGUUAUUAAAAGAUAUAGACAGCAUUGUUUGAACCAGAGUAUCUUUAAAGUACUUGUGUUUUGUGAUCAGUAUAUCAGCUUCCCGAAAUUAGUACCUUAUUGAGCUGAACAAGAUCAGAAUAUCUUUCUCUGAGCAUCUUACUUUGUUGGGUCUGCAGUAGGUUAGGAAACCAGGCUGAGCUUAGGCCACAACUAGCUUCCUCAUAACUCUCCACUGCGUGGGACCAGAGAUGCCAAGUAAUGUUAGAGCACAGAUGCCAAUGGCGGUGUGUGCUGUGCCAGAGUUGUAGGGCUCCUGAGCUGCGUGCGUGUUCAUCGGGGGACACCUGGCGGCAGCUGGUCAGUUGGCACCUGUUACUCAGUGAUCCAGAAAAGGAGAAAACUCUGGAAACUCAGAUCAGCUUCUGUAGGCUAUUUGGUAGCACUUCCUGCCUAGGUCUCUGGCAUAGGCUCCAUUUGGGAGUUGCUGACUGGCCGGUGUCAUUCAUUGGGGGAAGUGGGCUACAGAAAAGAGUAGACGAACUCUUCUCACCUGUAACAACGUUCACAAGUUUUCAGAGAAUUCUGCUUCUUUAGCAAUCAGAUACUUAAUAUAAGUGUUUGUUUGCCAUAUUAAGGGGGAAAUGGUGUCAUUUGUAGCAUUAUAAGGAUGAAAGCAUUUUUUUCCCAGCCUAAGUGAAUAUUAAAAUAAGCAACUGUUAGAGGCUAAAAUUUGCAAAAGACCCAAAUAGGAAAGCCUCCCGUCUCCUGCAUCUUUCUCUGCCUUUCCGUGGAAGUUGUACUAGUUUCAGUAUACACCUGUGGCUUCCUUGUACAUUUGCACAUGUUGUAAUUAAGAACAGAUCGGUUUCUCAGAGACAUGUUUUCCUGGUCACUCUAAUGUCGUCUAGCAUCUUUUUGCUGAUUCAUCUUUUAUGAAGAGUGACUGUCUCUGGUCUCGGGGGAGUUGGUGUUGUGGCCUUGGUUCUUACUGUGACUGUCCAGUGGUGAGCAUUCCCUUCUCUAAAAACAUGUACAUCGGUCAUCACAAGGUUCCACAUGAAGUUUGUGAUGACAUUUUUUAUUUCUCUGUAUCUUCUGGGCGUAGAGCACUUGCUCUACAUCCAGGAAGUGGGGAUAAUUGGAAACAUUUCAUCAGCUAAUCUACUUGCUUUCUCACAUCUUCAGGUUCUCAGCCUCAGAAUCUCAUUCUUUAGCAUUCUGUAUCAUGGCCUCAAUUCUGAUGGGUGUCUCUUUCAGUGUAAUAACAUUUUAACCGAUAUCACACCAUGGAACCCAAACUUGUGCAGAAAAAAGUUAUGGAAUAAAACACUGGAAACAAGCGGAUGAGGAGCAACCAGCUGCUGUGGGUUGUUUUUGUUUUUUAAGGCAUUGAGAUCUAUCAGAUGCAUUUGUGAGGAAAUAGGGCACUUUGUCUUGAGAGGGGAAAAGAACCACAGCAGACCUUUCCUGUCAAAGCUCUCCUAAUCCCACAGUAGUUUGUAAGUCUCACUAAGUUCAGGCUUGGAAGCACUACAGCAACCUGUACCCUUUGUUCUAAAACAGGAUAACUGGCUCCAGAGCUUCUGGUCUGGGCAGCGGAAUUUACUGCUGUUUCUUUUAAAUAAUCGUUAAGCCAUAUCAUAUAAGGUUUUUGGCUUGUUUGAGAUGUGAAUUUGUUUUAUAGAUAAUAAAUAUACAUAUACAAUGUAUGUAUAAAGCAGAAUGCCUGUCCUUCCUGAUUACUUUUUGUACCAUAUUGUAAAUUACAUUAUUUAUUCUUUACCAAUUUUGGGAAUAAAAGGUGUUUCGGUUAUUUAAUAUAAUAAACAAAAGCUGUUAAACUUCUUAUGUUUAAAUUUCCAGUUUAACUUGUAAAUGUUUUUA